AUGCAGCGUAUCCAGUCGGCUAUUCGACUGAAAGUGUCCAAUACCUAUUACUGGAGCGAUAGUAUGAUUGUGCUGACAUGGAUUAAAAAAGAGACGCCCCAGUUAAAAACCUUCGUGGCAAACCGUGUAGCCACACUUCAAGACCUUUCGUGUCAGGAGCAGUGGAGACAUGUUUCAUCAGGUGAUAAUCCAGCUGAUCUUAUCAGUCGUGGUGUAAAUCCGUCCAAAAUGCUCAAGAGUAACUUGUGGUGGGAAGGCCCUGCCUUUCUAAAAAACAGUGAGUAUCCGUGCAGAGAAAUUUCUGACACUGUGAUAAAGGACGAUGUAGACUGUGAACUCAAAAAACUUUGUCCAAGUGGAAGGUAG